AUGGAAGAAAGUGAUGAACCUGAGCAGUCUAUAUCGUUAGGAAGGCAGGAAUAUAGAAGGAGAAGACGACCCAGCCAACCAAUGGUAGAUAAGUCCCAGCAGACUGAAAUAGGAGAAAAAAAGAAAGGUAUGGCUGCAGUACAACCUCCUGCCCCUAAAGCUACCCAUAGUAUUGGUAAUAUUCCUGGAGGUAAGGCCAACUACUCUGGAAAAGAAUAUGAGUCUCUUAUACUGUCCUCUCAACUUCAGCAAACUUGGAUGAAGAGAAAGCAAGGCCAGGACAUGACUGACAAAUCUUUUCAGACAGACACCUCUGUGGAAGAAAAAGUGGAAGUCAUAUUCAUGGAUAAAGCACUUGAAGAAAGCUCAGCUAGUGUUGGAGAAAUAGCUCCUGCAUUGCCACAGGAUGUUCCAGAAGUAGAGAUUCCAACAAGCAGACCCCCCAGUCUUUUAAUAGACAGAGCUCAGCAGACCAGCUGUACUGGUGACUGGAGCCUGAUAAGCAUUUGCUCAAAAGAUAAAGUGGACAAAGAACAACAGACCUACUUCAGUGAGUUAGCAACUACUGUCAAGUCUAUGCCAGGUAGCUCCCUGAUUAAGUCAAAGGAAGAAACAGUACCUGCAGAAGAAGGUUCUUUGAUGGAAAUAGAUGGUUCUCUCGAAAUAGAGGUUCUGUCAACUGAACAAAUCCCUGAUGUAGUGAUGUCUUUUACUGAAGGGGAGAUUUCUGGUGAAUUACAGGCUGUACCAGAUGAUGAGGCCACAGUUAAAGCAGAACAUUUCUUUACAGAGGAGACCUCUAUUCAAGCACCAUCUCUAGCUGAAGAGACCUCUGCAGCUGAGACAACUGCUAAAACCCCAAAAGAAUUUGUGGACAUACAGGCUUUACCAGCUGAUGAGCUUUCUUCUACAGAGCCUCCUGCUGACAUUAGUCCUCCAUUAGUGAAAGGGACUCUUUCAGAGGAGCCUUCUGAUCAACAGUAUCCCAAAGGAACUGAGGUGGCUCCUUCAGAACUUCCUGUUGAAGAUCUGGUUCCACUCUCAGAAGAGGUGCUUGAGAAAGUUCAAGCUUUAGCAAUUGACACUAUCCUUGAUGACUCAGGCAGAGCAGAGUCUCCUAUUGUUGAAGAGGCUACUGGUGAAGUCCAACCUUCUCUGUCUGAAGAGAUUACUAAAGAAGUACCUUUUGAAGUUCAUUUACCAAUAGCUACACACUCUAAAGAAAUUGUUAUUGUAGUAGAUAAGGUAUUUGAUAUUGAUGAGGACUUUGAAGAUCAGCCUCCAUUCAUUACAGAAGUUUCUGAAGAUGAGGCUACUGCAGAAGUUCAGCCUCCAUCAGCAGAGGAUGCUCAUGAAGAAGUGGCUCCUUCAGAAGUUCUACCUCCACCUACUGAACAGGGCACUGUAGAACACAUGACUGCAGAAGUUCUAUUUCUAUCAACUGAAGUGGGCCCUACAGAAGUUCCACCUCUACCAACUGAGGAGUGGCCUCUACCUCCAGAAACAGAGGAGGGCCCUAUAGAACUAGCUGAGGAGGGCCCUGAAGAUGGCCUACUUUUACCAACUGAGGAGAUCCUUGCAGAAGUUCAGCCUCCAUCCCUUGAGAAGUUUCCUCUAGAAGAAGUAGUGAUCCCACAAGCUGAGGAAGUUCCUUUAGAUGAUUUACCCAUUGAAGUGCAACCUUUGUCAGCUGAGAACAUUGCAGGAUGGGUCCCAGAUGAAUUUCAGGCUUUUCCAGUUGAUGAAUACCCUGUUGAAGUUCAGCCUUUCUCAUUAGAGAGUGUUCCAAUAGAAGACAGCUUUGUUGAAGCUCAGCUUCUAGCAGCUGAGGCAGAUACUGCAGAAAUUGAAGAGACUCCUUCAGACGUGGCACUAGCUGAGGAUCAGCUUCUACCAACUGAGGAAGUGGUCCUCAAAGUAGAAGUUGCUACAGCUUGGUCUCCCUUAUCUGAGGAGCCUCCUGCAGAAGAAGCCACUGUGGAAGCCCAACUGACAUCGGUUGAAGAGAGCCUGAAAAGAGCUUCUGUUGAUGUUCAGCCUCCACCACUCGUCACCCUUGCAGAAGAGUCUCCUGCUGUCAAACGGCCUUUAAAAACUGAUGUGGUUCCUAUGCCAGAGUUUCCUGGUGAAGAGAUGACUGCUCAAGAUCCACUUCCACCUUCAGUGAAAACCACCGUAGAUCAGAAUCUACUAAAAGAACAUCAAUUGCCCGAGAUAGCAGACAUCUCACAAGUAAAAUUGGAGCAUACUACUUUCACAGGUGAUAAAAAGUCUAAAGGAACAGAUUCUGUUCCUGAAGAUGUAACUGGGAUCAAGGACGAUCAGAUCUCCACUUUCAAAAUAGAAGGUACCAUUAAAAUAGAGUUAAAGAACUCCACUCCCUAA